ACUACGUCAACCAGAGCCGCAAAGUUCCUCGCUUCUCUUCUCUGGUGUCCAGGAACUGAAUAUCAAACCGGUGAUCGCGGAGUUAUUGGCUCGUUAUAUUUGUCUUUUCUUUUCUCUGUUACCAGUCUUUAUUUUUAAAAGAUCUAGGAGAAGCAGAAGCGAGCCCGGAGUUUAAGGUGCUCGGCAGUGGUGGGUGAGUCAGCGGGUGCUAAGGACUGGGACUUGGUCUUUGGAGACAGUCCCCCUCUCCUCCCUGCAGAGAAGCAGCCGGAGCAGCAAAGACUGAAGGUCCGCUCUUCCCCACGCCGGGGCCUCCGCAUCCGCGCAGCAGCUGGAUUCAGAUGAACGAAGCUCCAGGGCCGCUUUGGUCUCAGCAAAUAUUUCAGACCCAUGCAACCUCGCCAGAACGCCUAGAGGCUGGAGCUAGCAGGAGCCCAUAGUUGGGCGACCAAGCUGAGAGUAAACACCGGCCAGCUGCAGCGCCCAGAUGCCCAGGGUCCCUCCUUUUGGACUUCGACGGCUGAGCCACACUUAGCUGCUACCCUUUCGGCAAAGACUGGCAAUAGACUUGUGAAUUUCUAAUUUACCUGUGAAUGCACAGGAUGGAUCAGACCACACAGAAAAGGGAGCUCCUGUAAUCUCUGGGAUUGCAUUCACAGCGGGUCCCCUUGAACCUCGCUGCAUGCUUAGGGUAGGGAAGGUGUCCCCAGCAGUCCAGAGCUUUCCUGGCCAUGUCACCGUUAAUGAUCUGUGACUUAGCGUGGCCCUCUGAGGGUUGCCAGGGCUGCCCAGGGUGGUUUCCAACAGGUGUGUCCUCUCCCUUCCCCAGCCCAACCCAGCGGGCAGGAUUCUCCCAAGCUGAGGUUUUUUGACUUGGCUUUCCUCAUUCCCACCUCCGCCCCCCACCAGAGGGUGGCGUCCAGAGCCGGACCUGGCCCCCCUCCCUGGGACCAUGGUGCUUCUCGCUGAAAAUGUUUCCGAAGGUUCCAACUGCACCCACCCACCAGCACCGGUGAACAUUUCUAAGGCCAUUCUGCUCGGGGUGAUCUUGGGGGGACUCAUCCUAUUCGGGGUGCUGGGGAACAUCUUAGUGAUCCUCUCAGUGGCCUGUCAUCGGCAUCUGCACUCGGUGACUCACUACUACAUCGUCAACCUCGCGGUGGCAGACCUUCUCCUCACCUCCACCGUGUUGCCCUUCUCGGCCAUCUUUGAGAUCCUGGGCUACUGGGCCUUCGGCAGGGUCUUCUGCAACAUCUGGGCGGCGGUGGACGUCCUAUGUUGCACAGCGUCCAUCAUGGGCCUCUGCAUCAUCUCCAUCGACCGAUACAUUGGUGUGAGCUACCCGCUGCGCUACCCCACCAUUGUCACCCAGAGGAGGGGCGUCAGGGCUCUGCUCUGCGUCUGGGCGCUUUCCCUGGUCAUCUCCAUCGGACCCUUGUUUGGCUGGAGGCAGCCGGCACCUGAGGAUGAGACCAUCUGCCAGAUUAAUGAGGAACCUGGCUACGUGCUGUUCUCCGCGCUGGGCUCUUUCUACGUGCCACUGGCCAUCAUCCUGGUUAUGUACUGCCGUGUCUACGUGGUGGCCAAGAGAGAAAGCCGAGGCCUCAAGUCCGGCCUCAAGACCGACAAGUCGGACUCAGAGCAAGUGACGCUCCGUAUCCACCGGAAAAAUGUCCCGGCAGGAGGCGGUGGGGUGAAUGGUGCCAAGAAUAAGACUCACUUCUCCGUGAGGCUGCUCAAGUUUUCCCGAGAGAAGAAAGCCGCCAAGACUCUAGGCAUCGUGGUGGGCUGCUUCGUCCUCUGCUGGCUGCCUUUCUUCCUAGUGAUGCCCAUUGGCUCCUUCUUCCCGGACUUCAAGCCCUCGGAAACCGUUUUCAAAAUCGUAUUUUGGCUUGGGUACCUAAACAGCUGCAUCAAUCCCAUCAUAUACCCAUGCUCCAGUCAGGAGUUCAAGAAAGCCUUUCAGAAUGUGCUGAGAAUCCAGUGUCUGCGCAGAAGGCAAUCCUCUAAGCAUGCCCUGGGCUACACCCUGCACCCGCCCAGCCAGGCCCUGGAAGGGCAGCACAGAGACAUGGUGCGUAUCCCCGUGGGCUCAGGAGAGACUUUCUAUAAAAUCUCCAAGACAGAUGGAGUCUGUGAGUGGAAGUUUUUCUCUUCCACGCCCCAUGGAUCGGCCAGGAUUACAAUGCCGAAGGACCAAUCUGCCUGUACCACAGCCCGGGACUUUUAACCGUGAAACCACCUGUAUAUGCACAGCUCCGAAAGAGCCCAGUUGGAUCACUGCACCUGCCCUGGGCCUCCAAACUAUGCUGAGGAGCUGGGCUGAGGCCACGUCUUCCAAAAGCCAUGGCAACAGUGGUCUCUGGUCCUUCACGUUCCCUGCAAGAUGAAUGAGUGGACAUGACCGCUGUGGGGGCUGGGCCAGGAAGCAAGUUAGGAUUUCAGCAUGUGAAGCCGGCCCCUGGCCAAAGGUGCCAUUCAUUGACAGGAUCUCAUUCAUGUUUCCCAGACCCUAUGGCUGAGAGUGAGCUGAGAAAGAGGCUUCCCUGCUCUCUGCAGAAUGUCAUGUUUCAAACAGCCACUGCUGAACCUACAAAGGCUGUAGGGAUGGCAGGGAGCAUUGAGGGAGGAGAUUGACCAUAGCCUCGCUCACAGCUGGGAGGGUUAGUCAUGCUUUGCCACAGCUGAUGAGAAAGGAACUGUCCUGAACCUGGUGGCUUGUUCAGGAAGGCAAAAUAAUGACCUUUUCUUCCAUGUGGCUUGGGAGUUACUGCCACGCUGUCCCCAUAGCACACCUGGUGCAGUCUCCAUUGUAAGCUAGGGUUGAUGAUUGUUGAGCCAUGAAAAAUACAGACUUAAUUAGGUGGGGAAAAAAAAUCUUAGCACAACUUAGCACUGCACUUAGAGAAAAAACACAGUGAACAUCCUGGUCUAUGAAAUAGGCUGAAUAAAAUAAGUGUAUUUGAAUGUCAUAGAGAAGCAGCUAAGACAAAAAUUCCAACAUGAACUUGAUGUUUCCAUAUACACAUAUAUAUGAAUAUGUGUAUCACCACAUACUUACCAAACCUUUCUCAGGUCAUCCUUGUGUGGGAUAAGGAAAAGGAAGGAGCUUUUAUCUACAUUUGGCAUGUGAAGAAAUAGAAGUCAUGAGUUAAGAACUUCUUUGAAUACCCUCAUAUCCAACCUUCUCCACGAUGCUUCCAUGUCCCCAGAGUCCGCCAUGUAUUUUGACUCUUUGAUUUUUCGUAGUCCAGUUCUUCAGUUCCAGCGUGUAACUCCAGCUCUGUCCACACUUCUGCUCUCCUGUCCUGGCCAACAAUCGGGAAGAACUUGCAGCGCACGGCCACAAGUUCUUGUUUCCUUGGCUAGCAGACAGGCACAUGUCAUUCUGUUCUUUCUCCACAGACAAGCUGCUACAGACCCAGGGAACUAGCCAGGGAUAGAAGGCUGCUACUCUGCCCAACAGGGUGACAUGUAAGGCAAAGCCAGCUGUGACCGUCACCCUAAGGUCCUCAGGAACAGAAAGGUCCCAAAGGGAACCUGUGGAUCAUUGGGCACACUCUGAUCAGCAAUCCCAGAUGGCCUCUCUUCACUGUGCCAGCCUGGCAUGAAACCAAAGGGAGGUAGAGACAGUCCCCAGUGUAUGAGCCAGCAGGAUUCUGAGUUGAGGUGUCCAGAAGUCAAUUAUGUGUUUUUCCAAGAGGCAUUGUUAUAAAUGGGGAGGUGUUCCUAGAGGAACCAAAAAUAAAUAAAUAAAUGUCUGUUUAAUGUA